AUGCGGGGUGAACCUCUACGCUCCUUCUGCGCCACAAGCGCACGCAGCCAGGCCAAGCGAAAAGCGCCCAAAUACACUUACGAAGAUUUUAAGAUGGAGAAUGCAAUUUUCUUCAACUCUUAUGCAAACAUGAAGGGCAUAUACAAUAACCGACUGAGUAGCAGCAACCCUUUCGAUGCGUUUGAUGUGAUGGACUUGCCUGGUGUUAUGGACGUGAUUGAUGUGCCUGAUGUGAUGAAUCUGCCCGAUGUGCCUCAUCAUGACAGUCAGGAUAGGUGCUCGCCGAGCUGUUCCAAGCGAAGAGGGGUAAGUGCUUCCACGUGCAGAGAUGACAGGGAAGAAUUAGAACAGCACGCGGAUGAAUGCACGUCGCCAUCGGUUGAGUCCAACCCAGAGACAGCUUACCCAGAGAGAGCUUACCCAGAGACAACCUAUCCAGCACCCCCUCUGAUGGAGGAAGAGUCCGCUUCACUCCCGCGUUACACAAGUCGAUACAGCAGCCCCUGUCUCUACUCCACCAACCAAAAGGUGCAUGGCACAUGCUUCACCAGAGAGCAUACAAAAUGUAGUAUUCGAAAAAGGAGGACCCUGCCAGAAUGCAGGACGUUUAAGAGGAAUAGAAGGUACACAAAUUACUACGCGCGUGUGCAGAGGAAGAGGCGUAACAGUGUGUUCCUUAAAAGGAAAAGGAAGGAUGCAGUGCGAGAGGGUGCUCUCACAGGGGAGCUGAACAAAAGGGACAUCACAUUGUUUGCAGGCCAUCCGUUGAAGCACGUGGGAACAUUUGAAAACGUCUCAGCUUCUAUCCAUGGGUAUGCCGAAGCAGGAAGUGUACACAUGGUCUUCCACCCUGAGGAGGCACACCUGGAGACGGUACUCUCAUCAGAGGAUACACUCGAGAAACCAAAAAGGGAGAAGUACCUCGCGUACAUCUCCCAUUCGAUAAAAAGACAAGAGAGAAAAGUGAGGUGCUUCGAAAAAAAUGCAGAUAGGAUGCUCGAUCUGGUGGAACUUCUUCUUUACAACAGAAUGAAGGAGGCUUUUUUUCUAAAGGAGAGGAUCUGCGACAGAGACAAAUAUAAGGAACUCUGUCCUGACGUCUUCUUCUUCGACAACGAUGACAACCUGAUCGAAACGAUGGACCGCCACUGCCGAUUCCUGCCCAAGGUACCCGCUAAGGAAAAUCUCACCAUCUACCUCGGCCCCUCCCCCUACAGCAUCUUCGGAGAGCAUUACUCCACGUACAAAUAUUUCUUCAAACUUGUGAAAGUAAACAUAAAGCAUUACAGAUGGCCUGACCCCUACGACGCAGCCAACACUGUACAGAAUAGAAGUUUGAAAAUGGUGAACUGCUCUGAUCUGCUAUACAGUUACAAAAAUGGACUAGAUUAUCCAUGUGAGACUGACAUACGAAGGGCCACCAAAGUGGACAACGCGGGGAAGAUGAAGAAGAGAAACAAAUCUUUAUUCCCUUUCCUCCAGCCCGCUUCUACGGAAGAGGACAAGAGGGAAAUGCAAAACAGGGAAUACAUCAGUGUGAACAGAAUUCCCCCCGAUUUAAUUCACCUUUUAAAUUACAGGAAUGUGACACUGUGGUGA